UCUAGUGCAAUACAGACACAUAUUCUUCUCCCAGCUUUGUCCCUCAAUGUGAGUCGUGGAUGAGAAAGUUGAAAUCGCAGGUGCAUGAAGCGAAUCGUUCAUUUUAAGACGCUAUAAACGUGAAGAGAGGGAAUAUAUAUUGCGUCUUAUUCUGUGAUGGCUUUAUAAGGGGUGCAAUCUCUGAAAACUACAGUGAGCAGAAUGUAUAGACACAUGGCACGAGAGGCCUUUCUCAUACUCUUUCUCAUCAUCAGUCUGAUGUGGCCCAUACAUUCAGAGAUCUCCAACUGCGUCAUUAAACGCGAGGAGGAAAGAUGCAUGGAGCGAAUCUCUCUGCAUGUCCCCAAUGAUGAUGAAAAGUUUGACUGUCCGUGGGAGUGGGAUAACCUGUCCUGCUGGCAGGCGACAAGUGUUGGAGAGGUCUUGGAGGUCAACUGUCCUGAACUCUUUGAAUUUAUGAGUCCAGAGGAGGGUCUCGGCAAGAUCAGCAGAAACUGUACGGAGUUUGGCUGGUCUGAACCGUAUCCUCAUUAUGUUGAUGCCUGUAUGACAGAUGUACACAACACAACCAAACCUGACAUUUACUACGCAUCUGUGAAGGCUCUCUAUACAGUGGGCUACAGCACGUCUCUGGUGUCUCUGACUACAGCUAUGGUCAUUCUUUGCAGAUUCAGGAAGCUUCACUGUACCAGGAACUUCAUCCACAUGAAUUUGUUUGUGUCGUUCAUCCUGAGAGCCAUCUCUGUGUUCAUUAAAGACGGCGUUCUGUAUGCAGAGGAGGACAGUGACCACUGCUUCGUCCAUACUGUGGGCUGUAAAGCCGUGAUGGUCUUCUUCCAUUACUGUGUCAUGUCAAACUACUUCUGGCUCUUCAUCGAAGGUCUCUACCUCUUCACACUGCUGGUGGAGACCUUCUUCCCUGAAAGACGCUACUUCUACUGGUACACCAUCAUUGGCUGGGGGACACCCACUAUUUGUGUGACCAUCUGGGCUGUUCUGCGUCUACAUUUUGAUGAUUCUGGCUGCUGGGAUAUGAAUGAUUACACUGCCCUCUGGUGGGUGAUCAAGGGACCAGUUGUGGCAUCAAUUAUGAUUAAUUUUGUUCUCUUCAUUGGAAUAAUCAUAAUCCUGGUGCAGAAGCUGCAGUCUCCAGAUAUCGGCGGAAAAGAGUCCAGCAUUUACCUCAGCUGUGCACAGAAAUGCUUCAGUGAGCCCACACAGGCCGCCCAGCAUUCGUGCAGGAUGUCAGAGCUUUCUUCCAUCACGCUGCGUCUGGCGCGUUCAACCCUGCUCCUCAUCCCGCUGUUUGGAAUCCACUACACUGUGUUUGCCUUCUCCCCUGAGGAUUUCAGCAAGAGGGAGAGACUGGUCUUUGAGCUGGGCCUGGGCUCCUUUCAGGGGUUUGUGGUGGCCGUCCUGUACUGCUUUCUGAAUGGAGAGUUUCUCCCUAAAGGUGCAGUCGGAGAUAAAGAGGAAAUGGAGGAGCUGGACGGUGAACAGGUACUUUGCUGUGGACCUGAAGCAGCAACGUCACCCUUCACUAGCGAGCAGUGGGGUGAACGGGGGGACGCAGCUGUCCAUCCUAAGCAAGAGCAGCUCACAGAUACGCAUGUCCAGCCCGAUGGCCGAGACGGUCAACCUGAACCUGCCCACCUGAACGUCUGAUCGGCCCACAUCUCAGCCAGUCCGUUCCUAAAGCCACACCCUUCAAUUCAAACCAAUCACGAUUAGAAACUAAAUAAUUGAUUAAUGAGACCUCGGGAUAGUAUUUCAAAUUGGUCAAAACGAUUCAUCCAGGGAUUCACGUAGACUGCCAAAACUAUUGUGAGGCUUUCUAAUUAAUCUUUUGAGAAAACAAAGAAUACAAGCUUAAAAUAAUGUUCUUUUAUCUCUUUUUAAUAAUGGCCAAUAAUAAUGCAGAAAAGUUCACACAGUUGCCGAAAUGAGGUCGCAGCAUAAAUGUAAGUGAUUUUUUCACAUCACAUUAUGAGCCAUAGAGAAUGUGAACUGUUUGUGGUUUGAAUGUAGUGAUAUGCCACUAAAAAAAAUGUCAUACAGGCCUAAAUAUUGUGCCCUUAAAACUAUUCAUUUCUGUCAAACUGAUAGCACAUUGCUUUACUAGUGUACCAGUGUAAGGCUAAGGCAGUAAAGGGAUGUUACAGGUUCAAUAAAUCAAUUGAAAGCAUUUGUAGCAUAAUGUUGAUUACCACAGAAUCUAUAUUGUUUUGGUAAUCAGUAUUAUGCCACAAAUGCUGUUGAUUGAGCUAAACGUGUUUUGAACCCAGAACAUUUCUUUACCAUGUCAAACUGGUUGCAUUUCAGUGUUAUGUCAAUGAAACGAUCAAGCAAAAUAUAAUACAGUAAUAUAAAGUGCCAAAAUAUGGUUAUUUAAAUAUAGUUUUACCUGCAAGAUACUGUGUUUAUCAAAUAUACAUUACAAAAAGAAAAUGUUCAGAUUUAGUGUUGCUCGAACAAAUGCUGUGUAUUUGAUUCAACCUUCUCUACAGAGAGAUUGUAAAACAUAUUUUUUUACAAUCAGCCGUAAGUACAGAGUAUGUCAACAAUAUUAAAACUUAAGAGUGACUCAUGAAUUUAGAUUACAUUUAAAUGUUAUUAUGGUUUAAUUUUUCAAUUUUAGCCUUUGUCUUUUGGAGGCCAGUGUAAUGUACUUCUCAUUAUGCAAAUGAGACAUGCAUAACGAUUCAGAACCAAUAUAAACAAAUCAAGGAUUGUUCGUCUUUAUGCUCCGUUAGCUGAAAAAUAACUUGAGUAAAUAAAUAGGAUUACAAGGGAUUUAUUAUAAAGUGCCCGUUGGUCACAAAGAUAGCUUUAAUGGAUUCUAAACAAACAGUGCCAUACAGUAUUAAUUUUGUUAUUAUUAGUGAUUUAGAUUAACAAAUUCAAUAUUUAAAGAAGUUUUUAAUUCUGAUCUACCAAUAAAUCUUUGAUUUAUAUACUGUGAUAUCUAUAGCUUCGAGAUGCUGUAUUCAAAUCAAUGCCAUUAUUUUACUAUCGGGUGCAUUACAAAUGCAUGUUAGGGCUGAGAAUUGAACUGUGACAGAAAAAAAGAGACAUUUGAGUGAAAUGUGAAUGUGUAAAGUAAUUUCAAUUUAAAUUAUGUCAUCAUUUACUCACCCUUGAGUUGUUCCAAACCAACACUGCUUUUUUUUUUUUUUUACAAUGAACGUAGACAGUGACCAGGGGCUGUCAAGCUUCAAAAAGCACCAUAUAAAAGUAUAAUUUUAUGUUCCACAGAAUGAAGGAAAAUCCUACAGUUCUGGAACAUGAGGGGUAGAAUUUAGCUUUUUGGCUGAAGUUUAAUGCUACGAGAGCGACAGUUAACCCCCAACCCUUUACACGUGCAAACUUUGAUGUCAAUUUAUUAAUCCAACCAGAUUUACUGCAUCGCCACUGAAUGACAAUCAUUAGUAGUUCUUACAUCACUCAGUGCUGCAUAUUUUGAGCCUGAUCUCAUGAGAAUGACAUGACUAUGGCAACAUUUUUGCAAAAUGAUUUUACGUGGUUCAUUACACAUAUUGUGGCAGUUCUGAGCGCUAUUUGAUCUACCGAACAAGUCCAGAUGGGACUUGUGACAGAAAUCAAGUAUUUUUCAGCCUGUGUAAGGCACAUAGGGAGUUCAAAGCGGUGCAUGAUGCUGGUGAUGACACGCUUACGUGAAUCAUCAACGCAGCUUCACAAUUGCUGUAGGAAUUACUACUGGCUGAUUAAUAGUGUAGAUGAUGAGAGUUUAAAAGAUUUAAUGCCCAUUGCAAUGAAUAAACAUCCUAUGGAAAGACUAGCUCUUUCAAUUAGUCAAACUCCCACUUAGGCUUUGGGAAAUGUUUGAUGUGACAUUUGGUGAUAUUUUAGUGCAUUUCUAUCUUAAUACUGUGUUUGGAAAAUGUUAAUAAAUCAUUAUAUUGGUACAUAUUGUUUUUUUUUCUUCCUAAGAUGGAAAUAAAUCAAUUUUGACAAGAAAAUACAUUUAUAUAGUGUCAAAUUUCAGCACUUUCAAAAUCUGCGAUUAAUCACAAUCAACUACAAAAACAAAUGAUGCGAUUAAUCACGAUUAAAAUGUUAAUCGACUGACUGCACUAAGAUAGCAUCGUGUGAGAAAUAAGACUGAAACAGUUUGAUAAUGAACUGUAAAUCUGAUGUUUUUUUGAUUUGUAUGAAAGCCAAUUGUCUUUGUAGUGCCUCUAGUGUUCAUUACUGCAGGAAACCGGUGCAACACAUACAACAACCCACGUAAAAAUCAUUUUGCAAAAAUAUUGGUAUAGUUACAUGCAUCAAUGGGAGCAUGUUUCAUAUUAAAAAAAAUGUAUCAUGAGAACAAUGUGCAUCAGUGUACAAAGUGAACAUAUGUGGCAACAGUCUCUGCAAAAGUUGUUGUUUGUCUCUAGUGCAGUAAUGAUUACCUGGUGUGAAGUUCUAGAGUGUGAUUUCUCAAUGUACGUUAAAGAUGUACAUGUGCCAGUAAAUGAUGGAUGUACCAGCAUUCUCUCAUACAUCAGCUGCACUCUCAGUCACUAUGAAGUCCCAAACCUUGAUGUAAAACUUUAGCUGUGGUCAUUCUGUGAAUAUGAAGUUGCCAAUUUUAAAAUGCAAUAUGUAUAUGCUUUUGUUGCUGCUCAUAGUAGUUAGGCCUAGUAUAUCAUAUGGAGGCGAGAUGGUUAACAUCUAACAUGUUUUUUAUCUUUUAUGUAACACAUAUCUGAGAUUGUCUUCAUUUAAAGAUGAAAUGUGUGAAUUCUGUGCUACUGGUGGCACCAAACAGGAUUGCAUUUCAAACAAGCUCGGAACACUCCCCUCGUCUGCCAUUGGUCAGAGAAACAGGUGGCCCCACCCCAAAGUCACCCUUCUGGUUGAACCGGUGCAGUAGGGCUGCAAUUCUGUUUGGUGAUGCUAGUGGUGCAAAAUGACACACUUCACCUUUAAAUAUGUCAUGGUGGCUACUGGUAAUGACAAAAGUUUUUUUGUAUUUAAUUGUUUGAACUUUCUCAUUUUAUUAUUAUUAUUAUUAUUAUUAUUAUUAUUAUUAUUAUUAUUAUUUCAGUCAAGCUGUAAAUAUUAAUGAUCUCGAACAAGCUCUCAGUGAUCGUGAACAGAAUUCACUGUCUGGUGUUUCAAAUGUGGCUUGGAUCACGUGACCAUAAAGACAUGGAGCUAAAUAUGUGUUUAGAUAUAGUAACGAAAGGGCCAUCCUCAUCCUGUGGCUAUUUCUUGAUAUUUCUGCAUGAAAAAAGAACGAUUUGUGCUGCUUUCUAUGUUCUUAACACCAGCUGUCAUUCUGAGUGUGAGUGCUCAGAAGGUAACGACCAUGUCUCAAAGCUGUUACAAACCUGCUGUGGAAAUGUGCUUGUAAUACAUCCGCCUGCCAAUAGAUGUCGCUUUGUUUUUAUUUCAUUGUAAAUUUGAGCGCUGUAGAGGGAAGAGGAUUUUGAAUUUGAAAGCAUUUGAACUCUCUUUUGUGUUUUGUGCUGUGUAGGUCUGAAAUGUUUCAUUGUGUCUUUGAGAUCUGGUCAUAUUGUGGCUAACUCUUUUAAACUGAAUGUAACACAACUGUAUUGUACAUUCUGCUCUGCCGCUUUGUAAAGCUGCCUUCUUUGAUGUAGAGAUAAUGUCUUUGUUUGACAUGUGAACAUUUUGUACAUGUUUAAGUUCCACUGUUGAAAAACAACUCUUGAACU